CUUAGACCAUCCAUUUCUUUUUUUUGUUUCUGUUUAUGUGGAAAGCUUAAAUUACCCCCCUCUAAUUCCUCAAUUCUUGGUAAUCAGUGAUUGAAUUAUUCUUAAAUUAGAAUGAUUAUUCUUCUGUUGAAUCAAUCCCCAUUUCAGAAACCACAGAAGGUUUGCAGAAAAAGCCAAAGUCUCUGAGCCUCUGAGGCUUGCUUUCUAGACCAGUUCAUGGUUGUUUCAACCUGUUGGGGGCUUUUCUAGUUUGACAAAAGGGGCCUAUCUUCUUCUUCUUCUUGUUUGUGUUUCCUUUUUUGUUUCUUGAUCUCUAGAAAUGUAUGGAGCCAGACACAAAAGAGAGCUGUCCUUUGAAUCCCUAGCUCAAAUCCCAAUCCUGAGGCCGAGCAUCCAUGCCCGGAGGGCCAAUCUCACCGUCAAGUUCCAGGACCUUUAUGGGUUCACGGUGGAAGGGAAUGUGGACGACGUCAAUGUGUUGAACGAGGUGAGGGAGAAGGUGAGGCAGCAGGGGAGGGUUUGGUGGUCAAUGGAGGCCAAUAAAGGAGCCAAUUGGUACUUGCACAAGUCCGUUUCAGAAGGCCAAUCGCUUAAGGCUUCGCUAAAGUUCUCGGCUUUGGCCAAUGCCAUUACUCUCAAGAGGCUGAUCAGGAAGGGGAUUCCGCCGGUGCUCCGGCCCAAGGUCUGGUUUUCGCUUUCCGGGGCCGCCAAGAAGAAAUCCACCGUGCCGGACAGCUAUUACAAUGACUUGACCAUUGCCGUGGAGGGCAAGGUCACGCCUGCCACUAGGCAGAUUGAUCAUGACCUGCCCCGUACCUUCCCUGGUCACCCAUGGUUGGACACCCCAGAAGGACAUGCUGCUCUUCGUCGCGUUCUUGUUGUGUAUUCGUUCCGUGAUUCGGAUGUGGGUUAUUGUCAGGGCUUAAAUUAUGUUGCAGCAUUGUUACUGCUUGUGAUGAAAACAGAGGAAGAUGCAUUUUGGAUGCUAGCUGUUCUCCUGGAAAAUGUCUUGGUCAAUGACUGUUAUACAAAUAAUUUAUCAGGAUGCCAUGUUGAACAAAGAGUUUUCAAGGAUUUUCUUGCUAAAAUGUGUCCAAGGGUAGCGGCACAUUUGGAAGCAUUGGAGUUUGAUGUAUCCCUUGUUGCCACAGAGUGGUUUCUUUGCCUCUUUUCUAAGAGCUUGCCUUCAGAGACUACUCUAAGGGUGUGGGAUGUCCUUUUCUACGAAGGGGCGAAAGUUAUGUUUCAUGUGGCUUUGGCAAUCUUUAAGAUGAAGGAACAGGAGUUGCUUCUAACCCAUCAUGUUGGCGAUGUAAUUAAUAUUCUUCAGAAAACCACUCAUCAUCUAUUUGAUCCUGAUGAGCUAUUGACGGUAGCAUUUGAUCAGAUAGGUUCGUUUACAACCAACACUAUAUCGAAGCAAAGGAAAAAACAAGAACCGGCAGUGAUGAAGGAGCUUGAUCAGAGAGUUAGACGGUUAAAUUCCCUGAAAUUGGAAGAGAAUAACAUAUCGAGUCAAAAUGCGGAAUGUCACUCAACUUAACGAAGAAAACUGAGUUUGUUGCCUCCUCCUGUUUGUUCCUGUAAAAAGGAGGAACAAACAAGUAAAGAGAGUUGCCUGUUGUCUAUUAUUAGGAGAUGUGUUGUUGUAGAUGAUCAGUGUACAUUUCUGACUUUUACCAUAUAUACUGCAAAUUAGGGCAUUGUUGCACUUGCUUGCAUGCCCUGUAAUUUUUGCUUUAAUAUUGUGUCUACACUUUUCAAGUGAAUUAAACUUUAGUUCUUUCA